GGCUCACAUGACAGAAGGUUAUGCGCGAAACUACCGAGCGUUUCAGAUAGAUUGUGCUCGUGUGAUUCCUCGCAGGGAAUUUUGCAGAGAACCUUUCAGAGUGUCGCAAUGCAACUCCUACAGGACAGGUGCUGACGAUGCAUCACUCUCGGUGGCUCAUUUGGCUUCUGCUUCAACCUGUCCUCGCGUAUCAACUCGUUAGCUCAACUCCAACGACCCAAGCAGUCUCUACAACAACAAGACCAUGGCAAGAUACGAUUCACUUCUACAACGAAAGUGGCACCAUAUCAUCGACCGAUUAUGCACCCAACGACACGACCGUGGACUAUCUUUUUGUCAUUCACACCGUGGAUCCGCACGUCAUCAAGAUCAAGUUCCAGUGGCUCAGCUUAAAGAAUAAUGAAUAUCCGUGCUCUCAAAGCGUGGAGGUGAUGAACGUGAAUUUUGGCGUGGACAUACUAGCCCAUCUAUGUGGCACAACAAAUGGGUCCAUAACCCCAUACAGCAUAAAAUCUAUGGGACCGGGAAUCAGCUUGGAGCUCUACUCUUCGAAUCCUCUCGAAGGGAACGGGUUUAAAGUGACAUACACAAGUAUUGCUCCAACAAGAACUGCAAAAGCCUGUGGGGAUGAGUGGCUCGGACAUUCAAAUCCGUGGGUCGUGCAGCUGAUUUCCAACCACUCUUCGAGCUGCUAUGCAACCAUUAUCAACAACAAGUGGCUCGUGACUGUGGCACACUGCUUCAGCAACACCUCAGACCCAAGCCAUUGGCUCGUACAACUGACUGAUCGCCGAAACAUGAACGUUUCAAGAAUUCUUCAGCACAGCAAGUUCAAUGAUUCCACUCUUGACUAUGACGUUGCCCUGGUGGAGCUCAAUGCAACGUUGACAUUCUCAAGCAUUUUACAGCCAGCCUGCCUCCCUGAAUCAUACCAGCAGAACUACGCAAUGGGGAAAUCCUGCAGCAUCGUCUACAACAUUGGAGGUAGUCUGACGGGAAUGCUCAGAUUCUUUUGGGAUCAACAACUAUGCAGUUCCCCUGAUGUCUAUGGCAAAGCGAUGACCAGUCGAAUGUUGUGCACUAGAAUCGACAUAUGCAGGGAACAUGACGGGGCACCUUUGUUGUGCAGAGACGUGGACCGCAGGUGGUAUCUUACGGGAUUGUCCAGCUGGGGAAAGUGUGACACCAAGCCAGAUGUCUUCGCCAGAGUUUGGAAGUUCCUCCGUUUCAUAAAACAAAAUGCCAUUUAGUCUGUCGAAGUGCCAUCAUGUGAACCCAGACUUAUAAAACACUCGCCCUAUAAUUUAGACCUAAACAUGAUAAUCGAUCUUAUAGCCCAAAGAUACAAUUCACCAUUUAGCAUAAUAUUCAGACAUACAAGACAACUUAGACCCUAUAGUAUAGACCUACUAGUUAAUAUAUGGCAUAUGUCACGGACUUAGAAUGAAAAAGUCAUCUAAUAUACAAGAUGUGGAACACACCAUCUAUCCUGUAGCCAAGACCUAGAAUUUAACAACUACUGUAUCGGCAGAUUCCAUGUGUGGAUGGUGAACUUAUUUCGCACCAUACCUAGCCAACUAUGCUCGUCAGAGGUGCAGAAAUGAUCAACAUGCUACAUGUUAUAUUUAACAUAUAUUUAACAUCUAGCAUGUAGAUCAAACCUACAAUUCUGAAAGCAUGCUAUAUCCCAAAAAUGCAAUGCAACAGACACCCAAAACACAAUAAACAUCAACCCUAAAAACAACUCAAUAUUCACUCUCCAGCCCACACCUAAAAUGCAACGUACACCCUAUUGCGCAUAACUAUGAGACAACAUCUGCCAAAUAGACCAGACCCAAUGCUCAGCAAACACUAACACUACCGGUAGUGUCGGCGAGAUUUGAUUAUUAUAUAUCGCUACUGGAUGUCUGCCACAAAACAUUGCGAGGCUGCAGCGUGUACAAAACUCUUUCGCAUGUGUUGUGAAGGGAACUGCAAUAUUUGACAAUGUCCGUCCAACGAAUACAUUAUCAGGUCACACUCAUUACAUACAACGUGCUUGCCUCAAAUGAGCCACACUACCUUGCUGAUAUCGUCAAUGAGCAACAAUUAUUACGCGAACUCUCAUCCUCACAACGAAUUUUGUCGAGCCAUCGAACAAAAAUGGUCACUGCAUCGUGCGCUUUCAGAUGUGCUUCUGCGGCCGUGUGGAAUGCUCUUCCUUUCAAAAUUAGGAAGCCACUGAAGCUAUGCACUUUUAAAUCUAGAUUAAAAACGAAUUUCUUUAUAACUGCUUUUUGUAUUUAGCUUUUUGUCUUUGCCCGUACCUCCGAUUCGCACGAGUGGCUAUGUACGAUGCAAAAGACGUUCAACAUACAUACAACUGUUGAAAUUUGUAAUCUAGGUCUAUAAUUCAACAUUAGCCACAUAGCUGAAAAUAAGAACCAAUAUGUACACUUUUUCCCACUUAUAGAAUACAAAAUCUAUCCUGUUACCAGGCCUAAAACUUUACAUCCAUCCUGACAAGGCUGAGUGGCAUAAUGCAGCUCUGUCAAAAUUUUGCAGGUGUCUUAUACGGUGUCUUAUACAAAUAUACAGUCCGAAAUACAGUGGAUGUAAACUAUUCUGUGACGUUAUUCAAAACUAUGCAAUUUUAGUGAUUACCGUAAUAAUUGGUGUAUGCUCUUUUGCAAAUCUAGGACCUUUAAGCACCCACAAUAUGGAAAUCGUCAUCCCGUAUCCCUAUUAUUUAGACAUAUAUCCCAUUGACCAUAUUCAGAAGUUAAUACCAGUGCUUGUAGAGCGGAAAUAUGUAGAAUACAACAUUUACACCAGACCUAUACUUCAUAUUCAGUCAUUUUGGCCAGAUCUGCAAUUCAACACUGAUGUUCUCUUUGAUAAACUAUUAAUAUGGUUUGUUUGUUUACUAAAUAUUUUUGUCCUAGGGGAAUUGGGGAAUUGGUUAAGAUCAUUCAUGGUUAAUUGUGAUUUACAGCGCCCUGAUGAAUAAUCAUUUUAUAUAGUCGAGACUUAAUUUGAACUUGUGGUGUAAAACAUGUGGUGAAAAGGGGAUCAUUCAUAUUAAAAGGCAGUGAAUGAGCAUAUAAUAGGAAGCACGCUCAUCUGGCUUACAUUUAGAUUGUUUAUGUUUUGUUAUUAUUUUAAAAACGUGCUCCUCUGGGGUUAAUAUUCUAAAUCUCCAAUAAUGAGGAUUAAACAUCCUGAAUCUCUUAACCUUACCUAUUCUAUGACUGCAAUGCAAAUUCGGUCCCGUUUUCGCGUAUUCAGAU